AUGACACACGAAGACAACGGCAUCAGCGCCAAAGACACAAACGAUACCUCCCUCUCCUCCUCAAAUGACGACAUCGACACUGGCCGCUUCGGCCCCCUAGCCCACGUCAACACCGCCGAAAGUCGCUAUGCAGCCUUCGGCGGGCAGGCUCAACCAGGUCUAUGGCGAGCACCCAAGGACCGCAAGAUUGCCAAUCCUGCGCCGUUGGGAUUGUGCGGGUUUGCUCUGACGACUUUUAUUCUGGGGUGUGUUCAGAUGGAUGUACGUGGUGUUACGCAGCCUAAUAUUCUUGUUGGGCCUGCUUUGGUUUAUGGAGGUUUCGUGCAGCUUUGCGCAGGGAUGUGGGAAAUGGCUAUUGGCAAUACAUUCGGUGCAACCGUCCUCUCCUCCUAUGGUGGAUUCUGGAUGUCUUUGGCAAUUACUUUCAUCCCCGGUGGAUUUAACAUUAUGGGCGCGCUUGAAGAAGCAGAUGGUGGAUCACCGAUUAUGUUUUACAAUUCUUUCGCUCUCUACUUGAUGGGCUGGUUCAUCUUCACAACAAUUAUCAUGUUCCUUACCCUCAAAUCAACUGUCGCCUUCUUCUCUCUAUUCUUCUUCGUCGAUCUAGCUAUCCUGAUGAUCGCCCUUGGAUACUUGUAUCCCGAUGGUGCACUGCCAAACGCGACGUUGCUCAAGGCUGGUGGAUUGUUUGCGCUUCUUGGGGCUUUCUUGGCUUGGUAUAAUGCUUUUGCUGGUAUUGCUGAUAGCAGUAAUAGCUUCUUUUUGCCUCCUGUUGUGCAUUUCCCGUGGUCUGAGAAGAGACGGUCUGCUAGGAUGAGUGAGCAGAGUCCUGCUUGA